AUGUCCCCAACACUACUCGAGAAUGGAGACCAAACGCAACGACUUGAAUUUACUCCUUCUGUAUCUUCUGACAUACUUUUUUCGAUUCAUGGAUUAACUCUUUUUGUUUUGAUUUUUCACAUUGCUUUCCGAUGUGUUUUAAAAUUAAGAUUCAAAAAAUCGAAUCAUUCUCAUCGUGAUGAUGUGAUUGACUUUAUUCUGAUGGUAUUCAGUUGUACCUUCAGCGUUGUGUCUUUAUCCAUUCUGAUUUUUGUUCAACUUUUACAAGUAGUGAAUGAACAAAAUUUAUUACAGUUUCGAUUUGCAUUGGGAGGUGUGUGCAUGCUUAUACCAGGAACGAUUGUUAUUAUUUACGAAAGAAAAUUAGAGCAUAAGGAUGCAGCAAAUUCUUCGUUCAAGACGAGCUUGCAAGAACGAGGGAAACAAUUUUUGCAAACUUUGAAAAUUCUCAUUUUGGACAAGAUGACUUAUUUUGGAAUACUAACCAUUCUCUUAUUGCAAAUUCUUGUGCCAUUCAUUUCGAUUAUAUUUAUUCCUGGUGUGAAAUUUUCCAUGUCCUCAUCCUUUUUAAGAAAUUAUCUUUCUCAAUUUUUGACACUCAAUGCAGACGAAGAAAAUUUAAAGAAAAUUCACACGCUCCUUAAUGACCUAGAAAACAGUCAAUUUUUGACAUUCUAUAUCUUGAUUCUUUCAGGCUCCUUACUAAGUAUGGGUUUGAAUGGAUUCUUUGGAUACGGAGAAGAAAAAUGUUGGAGAGAAUUUUUAUGGAAUUAUUAUUGGAGAAAUCAUUCCAAAGAAUCCGAACAGCAAAAAAGUGGCUCCUUGAUGAAAUUUAUCCAAAGCUCACUGUGGAUUGGCUUCAUUCAUGGAGUGUGGCACGCGCCCAUGAUUUUAUUAGGACAUAAUUAUGGAAUGAAAGAACAUGUUGGUUCUCAAUGGAAAGGCGUUUUAAUGAUGACGGCAAGUUGUACCUUUCUUUCACCAUUGUUGUGUUUUUUUACAGAAUAUAGUCAAUUGUCUUUGAGUUCUUACGAUAAUGUUGAAAAGAAUUCAAACCCAAAAGCGAAUGGAAUACUUGCUGGAAUUCUUCAUGGAAUUUUCAAUUCUUCCUAA